AUGAUUCCACGACAGUGCCUGUUAUUUAUUCCACUAGUUUUGUUAGUAAUGACAACACCCAUCCACGGCUUCAUGCGACAAAUAAAAAUCGGAGCAAUCUUUCAUAAAGGCGAUGAAGAUCUUCGAAAAAUAUUUGUAAGGGCAAUAGCAGAGACAAAACAUGAAAACCUUGCACCCGCAUUUGAACUUGUCCCAGUCAUUGAAGACGUUGACGAUAAUACCGACAGCUUUAAGACAGCUGCAGCUGCUUGCAACCUUCUUGAGCAAGGUGUGGCAGCCAUUUUUGGGCCUACAAGUCGGCAUACUCGUGGAAUAGUUGCGAGUAUUGCUGCGCGAUUUCAUAUACCGCACAUCGAGUAUGUUUGGCGCGAAAACGAAGGAUUAGAAGAGGAAAACAUGGAAAAAAAAUUUUCAUCACCAAUGACCAUAAACAUAUUCCCUGCCAGUGAGCAACUUAGCACGGCUCUCAGCGACAUCGUCGAAAGUAUCAUCGUUUCAACAAAAUGGACAAACUUCGCAGCGAUUUAUGAUACCGACGAGGGAUUGUCACGCCUUCAUAAGAUAUUGACAAUAAAAAACAAUGGAGAAAAUCCGGUUACACAUACGGUACGGCAGCUGAACGAAGAAUCAGAUUAUCGCUCGCUAUUUAAAGAGAUACGCAAUUUAACGAUAUGUAAUGUAAUUAUUGAUGUCGAACCGAAGAAAAUCGAGAAAGUUCUCUCUAACGCAAAGGAGGUCAAAUUGCUAUCAGACUACUGUAACUUCAUCCUAACAUAUUUGGAUUCAACCAAGUUACCUAUUGUCGAAAUACGAAACAUAAGUACUGUUAAUAUCACUGGAUUCAGUUUAAGAGAGACGAUGGAAGACGUGUACGGAAUUGCUUGGCUAAAUUCAGCGGUUCUCUACGACGCAGUAUUUUUGUUUUAUAAAGCAAUAGAGACCCUAAAUGCCAGAAGUAUUGAUGACAAGAAAUCUAGAUUCAUUAAUCCUGUACAACUUUCUUGUAGUACCAACGAUACUAGAAAGUAUCAAGCAGGACGAAACAUUAUCAGCAUUAUGCAAGAGAUUUCGAACAUGGGAAAGAUUACGGGCACUAUGGAGAUUAAUGAAUACGGUCACCGAACUGGUUUUGACAUACAUAUUAUGAACUUUCAACGUCCGAAUUCGAUUCCAAAAAGAGUCGGUGUUUGGAAGUCCGAUGGACUGCACCUAAUGCAAACUGCGAAGGAGCAAGAAAUUGAUGUAUCCAAAACGAUGAAAAGCAGGAAAUUCGUGAUUAGCACUCUAGAAAAUCCACCCUAUGUAAUGGUAGCAAACGCUUCAUCAACGGAAAGUGUAAUGAUCGGUACAAAACACUACGAAGGUUACUGUAUUGAUUUAUUCAAAGAAAUCGCAAAUAUUUCAGAAUUCGAAUAUGAAUUCGAAAUCGUGCCCGAUGGAAAGUAUGGCAAGUGGGACGAGGAAAAAAAGACCUGGAACGGUCUAAUCAAGCGUGUUAUGGACAAGGAAGUUGAUUUUGCUACAGUUGACUUAGCAAUCACAUACCAACGCAAGACUGCUGUAGAUUUCAGUCUACCCUUUAUGAAUUUAGGAAUCAGUAUUGUUUUCACAAAACCGGAAGAAAAACCGUCGGACCCAAAUUCAUUCUUGGCUCCUUUUUCUACACAAGUAUGGAUUUAUAUGGCUACUGCUUACCUCGCUGUAUCGAUAAUGUUGUAUCUUCAGGCAAGAAUGGCGCCUGGUGAGUGGGAUAAUCCGCAUCCAUGCAAUGCUGAUCCUGAAGAACUUGAAAAUAACUUUAAUUUAAAAAAUUCCUUGUGGCUCACUAUCGGUUCUCUUAUGCAACAGGGAUCAGAUAUACUGCCCAAAGCACCAUCCAUUCGUAUGCUUACUAGCAUGUGGUGGUUCUUUACCUUGAUUAUGAUUAGCUCAUAUACGGCGAAUCUAGCCGCCUUUCUCACUGUGGGCAAAAUGGAAGACCCUAUUAAAAACGUUGAGGAUUUGGCAAAGCAGACGAAAAUCAAAUACGGUGCAGUCGAGGGUGGUGCAACACUGGCAUUUUUUCAAUAUUCAAAUUACACGACGUACAAGCGAAUGUAUACUACUAUGAUGGACUCAAAGCCGAGCGUAUUCACUAAAAGUAAUAAAAAAGGUAUCGAGCGAGUUCUUAACAGUAAAAGACAAUAUGCCUUUCUCAUGGAAUCCACUGGCAUCGAAUACGAAAUGCAGCGUGAUAGGAAAUGCGAAUUAACAAAAAUUGGCGGGCUCAUUGAUAACAAAGGCUAUGGCAUUGCUAUGCCACGCAAUUCUCAGUACAGAACAACGAUUAAUAAUGCGAUCCUAACGCUAUCAGAGAAAGGCAGGUUGCAACAACUAAAAGAUAAAUGGUGGAUAACAAAAGGUGGAGGAAAGUGCAAUGAAAGUGAAACGGAAAAGAGUAGUAACUCAGCUGAAUUAGGAUUGGAAAACGUCAGUGGUGUAUUUAACGUUCUAAUAUUAGGUUGCAGCGCUUCAAUUUUUAUCGCUAUUUGCGAAUUCCUAUGGAAUAUACGCAAAGUCGCUGUGGAGGAGAAAAUCACGCCUUGGGAAGCGCUAGUGGCUGAGCUGAAAUUCGCCGUGAACAUCUUCGCACUAACGAAACCCGUUAAAAUUGCUAAGAGCAGCAGCAAGAACAGCGCGAGCUCAUUAGAGGGUGGACUUGGUAGAGCUGCAUCCACAGCUCGAUCUGUCGUUGGUUCUUUCCUACGUCUCGAUAUCCUCGAUAAAUUCGAUAAAGACCACAAUACGAACAACCGCAGCAAUGAUCGUAAAAUUAAUUGA